AUGGCGGCUUCCUUUCCUUCUCCUUCUGCAACAAACAACAACAAAUGGUACUUCACCAGAGAACAGAUCGAGAAUAGCCCGUCUCGCCGAGCGGGGCUUGAUCCAGACAAGGAAUUGUCCUACAGACAGCAAGCUGCGAACCUUCUACAGGACAUGGGACAACGACUCAAUGUGUAUCUUUUGUCGGGGACGAUUUGUGCCUGCUAGCGGCUAGCUAGCUACAAGAGGUUGAAGCCGGUUUGGCGGCAUGGCUAGUUGCUAGCUAAUAUCUGCUAUUGUGUGUGUAUAUAACGUUAGUUGGUGUUAUUGUUGAUACCACAAUUUGUUCAUGUGGUUGGUUCAGACUGGACUGGGUUGUUACUAGUUAGUUAGUUGAAACUAGCGGCCCAGACGUGCGACUCGCUAGCAAGGGCCCGGCCAUCAUUGCGUUUGAUUAGCAUGGCUAACUAACGUUAGUUAGCCUAGCCAGCUAAGGUUGUGUAGGCCUUUGCAGCCUAGGCCUACGCUUCCUGUAACUUUAGAGAACAAAAGCCGAGCAGAGGGACGUUAGAGUUGUUUAGCUAUUAUAAUUGGGGUUUUGGUGUAUCAAACACUUUAAUAUUUUGAUAAGCGCAUAACGUUUUUGGCUUUGUUGGCCAAAAAUUGUUAGAGCGCUGUUUUGGGCGCUAACGAGUAACGUUAAAGCUAACAAUCUAUUUCUCUGCUCUAGAUAACGAUUAGUUAACUAUAGGUUAACAACACAAGUUUUCAAACCAAGCGUACGUUACCUAGCUAACUACUAGACAUGGUAUUGGUGAGCGGUCCAAUACUCUUAGAUAAAAUGUCCAUGCUAAUUGAGAUUAAGACAUUUUAGUACCUAUUUUAUUUGUUACGGUUGGCUUCUUUGUGGUCAUUAUUUGCUAUCUUGUUAGCUAUAGCAAACUAUCUGACCCACAAUGCAGUUCUAGCCGGCUAGAUACAUCGUUAUCCUACUACGUACCACAACAGACAUUGUCAACAUUAGGAGUUGUUACAGCAGUACUAGAUCACUCGGCUACAACCAAAACUAGUUUUGAAAAUAGUUGGUAGCUGCUGUUACAUAACAUACGCAGUCAUCAAUCAAAUAUACUAUUUAUCAUUUAACCCUUCAAGUAGUGAGUGUUCAAUCAAAUUUUAUUUGCCACAUGCGCCAAAUACAACAGGUGUAGACAUUACCGUGAAAUGCUUACUUACAGCCCUUAACCAACAACGCAUUAAUUUUUUUAUAAAAAAGUAAAAUAAAACAACAAAAAAAGUGUUGAGGAAAAAAAGAGCAGAAGUAAAAUAAAAUAACAGUAGGGAGGCUAUAUACAGGGGGGUACCGGCUAGUUGACGUAGUUGAGGUAAUAUAUAUCUCACUGAGACAUCAGGUCAUAUUAUUGUUAUGUUAUAACCCUUAACCUGUAGUUAUGCAUCAGGUCCCAGCUAACAAUUAAUACUGCCAUUGUGUAUAUGCACCGAUUCUACAUGAUCCAGUCAUUCACCAGGUUCCACAGAAAUGUAAGUACUUUGCACACACUGACAGCCUUAUUUGCAAAAUGUUGUAUCUUGUAUAGUUUGAAAUAAACAAUGUGUAAAAUGCGUAGCACUAUCAGGACAGCAUAUUUUGAUUCAAUUUGUCCAAUUUUUCCCCGUAGGUCAUAGCUCCAGCAACACUAUUCCUGGCUGCAAAGGUUGAGGAGCAGCCCCGCAAGUUGGAGCAUGUUAUCAAGGUGACCCAUGCAUGCCUCAACCCUCAGGACCCAUCACCAGAUGUCCGCAGUGAUGUAAGUCUCCAUGGUCUGGCCACUCCACUUUGAACUCACUCUGGCACUUGCAUUGUGCUCCACAAACUGAUUUGGGUAUGUUUAUUAGGGCCGGGAUGAUACCAGUAUCACUAUACUUGUUGGUAUCGUGGCAAGGAAACAAAACACUAAGCAUAUUUCACUUCUUUAGGAAAACAGCCCUAAUGUUGGAAACAAACCUGUUGUCAUCCAGAGUCUAAUUUAUUUAUUUGACAAGCUAUAGCACACUACUUUAUAUACAGCAGAUUUUUAAAGGGUCUGCUUCGUGUUUUCUUUUUUGUCAUGAAAAAAAUAUUGCAAUACUGGUAUAGUCACAGCCAUUGGGUGUUCUGAGGCGGUUGUACCUAGGCUUGGGCGGUAUACCGUAUACCAGGGUAUUUAGAAAUAGCCACGGGAUGGUUUUUCAAUACCAUUAACUAUUUAUUGGAAGUUUUUUUUUGCAAUACUUUAGGAGAUAAAGUAGAUUGCGUUCUUUAUUUCACCUGUCACAUAUUUUUUCAUUAUGAAGCUUACCCGUAGUCUCCAGUCACGUGGUGUUUGUUUACAAGCACACGAGACUAGAGCCUUGUGAGUCAGUCACUGUUGUGCAGCAUGCACCAGGUGAUCUAGUUACAGUAUGGAAUUCACAACUAUUAAGUUAACUGUCUAAAAUGUGCUAAAAAUGCUCUGCAGUUGUGCAUUUGGUGUGCUAAUUUAGUGGUUAGCUUCUUCCAAAAUCAAGUUUAGCUUGUUAACAGAAGAGAAUCCCGUCCUGGAUUAAGAUCCUUGCUGUCUUAUAUUUGUUCUGUGCGUGCAACAAACUGCGAGUAGCUUACUUGUAUAACUUUAUGAGCUGGGACGUAUGUCCUGAUAAUAGUUUAGGUCAGACACUGUAUAAAAUAUUCACAAUGUGCUCGUAAGCAUUUAGUUAGCUUUGGGAUUUUACUUGGGUUUCCGGGAGGACAUUUUUUAUUUACCAGACAUUUGAGAAAUUUACCGGACAUCCAUAUGCAUUGGGUGCGUAACGCAUUAAGGUGUCCACCCACGGUGCUCAAAAUCACAUUUAGAUUAUUGUAAUUCUUCUUAAAAGAAUAGAAAUGAGCCUGUAAAGAUGUAAUAAAGUAGAAUGAUGUUCAUUGCCCAUUGUCUUCAUCCCUGCUAUAAAUCAAAACUCAAAAAUAAAUAAACAUUUAACCUAGAAGAACAAGUCGCCUACACAGCAAUAAAAUACCACUUAAAAAUAUAAUAUUUGUAUAAUAUAAUUUGGAAACGACCUGUCCAAUAGGCUGUUCGUAUGAACAUUUGAAUUAAUAAAUAACAAAACACAAAUACAAUCUCGGCCUCUAAUUUAAUUUAGCCUAGGCAUGAACAUUUUAAUUAGGUCUAAUAAAUAACAAAACAUGGCUGUCUACGAACAUCAGGGCCAGCCCGUCCCACUCCUCAUUCUCACUGCGAUUCAGCACCACAACAGUGGAAAGAGGCCACUCUUUGUGGCCACAAAAUUGAGAAAUUGUAAAACUGAUGUUGGACAAUCAAAUGAACACAUUUCGUUAAGGCUGGUUCAUUGAGAGAGCUUAUUUUACAAUACUCCUGUGACACGAGCUCCGCUCUAUGGAUUUAUGAAGCACUUGUUUCCAAAUGUCAAAUGAUAUCUCACUCUUUUUACAGUUAUACUGGAUGAUAAUAAAUGGUGUGUUUAUUGUAAUUUGAACUAUAGUGGGGUUGUCAUGUGAUGUACGUGGCUUAUUGAUAACUCUGUUUCUUACUAUAGGCAGUUGGCUGCCUAGUGAUUGCAACAUUGUAACUCUCCGAUGUGAAUAUUUCGGCAACAAUAUUUUGUUUCCAAGUGCUACUGAAUAAGCUCAACUGAAAUGCACCAAUUGUGCAUGAUACACAUCCUUACUCUAGUCUAUCAAUCCAUUCCAAAUCAUUAUACUAUACAUGACACAGGGGCGGCAUAUGUUGAUCUUGACAAGGGCGCCAGCAGAACUGCUAAGACCGGGCCUGACGAACACAAUUAGCCUCCAAUAUACAGUGCAUUCGGAAAGUAUUCAGACACCUUCCCCUUUUCCACAUUUUGUUAUGUUCCAGCCUUAUUCUAAAAUGGAUUAAAUAAAUGUUUUUCCUCAUCAAUCUACACACAAUACCCAAUAAUGACAAAGUGAAAACAGGUUUUUAGAAAUGUUUGCUAAUUUAUUAAAAACAUUGAUCAUCCUUGAGAUGUUUCUACAACUUGAUUGGAGUCCACCUGUGGCAAAUUCAAUUGAUUGGCCAUGAUUUGGAAAGGCACACACCUGUCUAUCAAAGUGAGCCGCUGCUGUUGGGAAGUCAAAACUGUCCCAACUCUUAUGAGCAGCUUGCAAUGCACAUCAGCCUCGUUACUUUGUCCUCGGGAAGGCGCGAUCUUGAGGCUGUCUUUACUCUGUUUUGGAGAAAGAAACCCCUCUCGGCGGGCAUACUGGAUACUGGAAAGGGGGAUAAUCAACACAAUCUUUGCCAAUUUUGCCCAGUCGGGGUAUACUUCGCUGAAGUCCCUUAUGAGGACCUGACGUCUUUUGCGGGAGUAAAAAUAGAAACAACACUAAUUUCCAAGCUGCUUGUAGAUUUAUUAGCCUGUGAAGUAUAUUUAUUAGGCUAUGAAGUAUAUUUGCCUUUGAAGUUGGAGCACUUCGACUGGUAGUUCCAUCAAUGGAUUAUUUUCUCCUCUCGCACAAAAGCUGUCAUUUACCGGCUAACCUCCUCGUAACCUUCGGAUUAGAGGCUCAGUGGGGUUUGUGUUCAGUGCGGGGAUUACAGAAUAUCCCGGUAGGGCACAAGGUCUGUCUGAAGGUAUGGCACAAGGUCUGUCUGAAGGUAUGACAAUCUAGAUACCGCCCAAGCCUAAUUGUACCUCCUUGAAGGUAAGACUGCGUAAAGGGAAGGCAAGAGGGUGAGUGAGACAUAAGGGUGAGAGAGAAUGCCUCCUAGUGAGUAAUGCCUGUCUCCUGCCUGUCCUCUCAACCUCAGGCUUACCUGCAACAAGCCCAAGACCUGGUCAUUCUUGAGAGCAUUAUACUCCAGACCCUGGGUAAGUUGGGAUGGAAAAAUGAAUGGGGUCUUUGAUUUCAUCCCAAACUAGAGAUGUGCUGCUUGCUGACAUUAUUAACCAUCUUUGUUCUUGUCCACAGAGUUUUGAGUAGCAGUCCAUUCUAUUGGAAGUCCACACAUCACCUAGUCCUCUAUGCUCACUAUCACUACUGUCUUGCAUUUUUGGUUCCCUACUUUUGUCUUCAUAUGAAGUUUAUAUUGUAGCACUUUCUCUUCACAUUUUCCUCAUGAUUUUAAGCCAUUCAUUUGAUUCAAGUAAUUGUGGUGCAGGUUGUGGUGAUGGAGGAUAUUUAGGUUCUAAUCAUAUUAGAGAGCAAGUUAAUUUAGUACAGUAUUGAUAGAAUUGGGAUUGCCUGCUAAAAUGGCCAUUCACCACCUAUGACCUUUGUCUCAAUGAAUGGCUUAAAUGUAAAUGUGAAACUUUUUUUUUAUUCUCUACUCACUCAUUCACAUUUGUCUUAUACAGGGCCUGUCAUCUGAAGAUCUAAAGCAGUGCAUUCAUUCACUAUUUAAUAUAGUUUCAUAAAACAAGUACAUUGGUUUUCCGGGAAUGAUUUAUAUUAACGCUCAGUGAGAGUACUGAAAUAUCCAAUAAAUUCAGUACCUAUUGAGUAAAAAUUUGUAUUUUGCAUUAGCAGCCUCAAAUUCUCAUAAAGACGAUUCGAAAUUGUCACUCAUGGAACCUUUUCUCUGUCUCCCCUCUGCCCUAUUCAUUACAGCCUUUGAAAUCACCAUUGACCACCCACAUACUCAUGUUGUCAAGUGCACCCAGCUAGUAAGAGGUAAGCAUCAACAAAGUCCCUUUGUAGGCUACUGGUGAAGUUUCCAAACCCUAGUAGUACUUUUACAAUGACAUAAAUGGUUCUCGCUUAGUUAAAGGUAUUAUUUAUGAAUAUUUUAAUCAAAUGUUUUUAAUGCCAGUAUAUUGAACGCAGCAGGUUUUAAUUGUAUUUUCUUGUUUCUCGUGUUGUUGUUCCAGCGAGUAAGGAUUUGGCCCAGACAUCAUACUUCAUGGCUACCAACAGGUAUGCUGUUCACUCUGCUGUGUUCAACUUUGCGCUUUUAAUUUCAAUUCAAUAUAACAUUAUUCAAUAAAAAUUAAAUGCAACAUUGUCUGAUCUGCCUGUAUUUGAAUGAAAUGACCACCCAUCUAAGAGGUGCACGGUCCUCUUCAUUAUAUUCUGAAACUGAAUCUGUUUCUUCUCCCCCCUUCUCCCCCCUCUUGUUUUUUCCCUGUUUUCCCUGGAUUUUCCUUUGGCUGGUUUAUCUUGGACCCAACCUGCUGUGUAGUCUACACCUGACCACAUUCUGCCUGCAGCACAGCCCGCCCAUUGUGGCCUGCGUUUGCAUCCAUCUGGCCUGCAAGUGGUCCAACUGGGAGAUCCCUGUCUCCACAGACAGCAAGCACUGGUGGGAGUAUGUGGACAAUACUGUCACCCUCGAGCUGCUGGAUGGUAAGUUUGACUGAAUUUCAUUAUGCAUGUUUGUGCAGGUGUUGGUUAGAUUGUAUUGUAAUGAACUGAAUUGCAGAGCCCUUUGUAAUACUUUGUUCCGUAGAGCUCACCCACGAGUUCCUGCAGAUCUUGGAGAAGACACCAAGCCGAUUAAAACGUAUUCGCAACUGGAAAGUAAGUCGUACUUUGUAACAUACUUGCGCUCAUUUUAUAUAUUUUCAUAGCUCCAUUUCUUUCAGGUCGCCCUCGCAAAAGGGUCUUUCCUGACUUAAAGGUAGCUCCAUCAUUGCCUAACUCCGUGACUUCUUGUCCCAGGCGGCAGGUCAGACAGUGAAGGGAGGGAAGUCCAAGGUGCCAGAGGACGGGGAUCAGACAGAUGGCAUGAUGAGCAUGGUCUCCAUGUCGUCGUCUGAGAUCACGCUGGGCGGCCUGAUGAGCCUCUCCAACCCCUCUUCUUCUUCCUCCUCCAUGGCUCCCAUACUACUGGAGCUCAAGUCGACCCUGGGCAGUGGCUCCGACCAGCCCAGCCACGCCGAGCUGCACGCCCCGGCCAAGGUGUCACUGAGCGAGUACCGGGCCAAGCACGCUGACGUCCUGGCUGCUCAGAAGAGGAAACUGGAGAACAUGGAGGCCAGCGUGAAGAAGGAGUACGCCACGGCAGCCCAGGCUCUGAUAGGCCAGCAGCAGAGGAAGGAGAAGCACCACCGUGACCAGCAGCAAUCCAGCUCCCACCAUUCCAGCUCAGCCUCCUCUGGCCUCAGCAGCCCCUCGCCCAUCAUCCUCAAGAUACCCCUGGAAAAGGAGAGGGGCGAGCGCAGCUCCCUGAAGAUGCACCUCCCUCUGGGGUCUGGGGGAGGCGGGGGGCACAGUGGAGGAGGGAACAGAGGAGCAGGAGGAGAAAAGGACAUCAAAGUGAGAAUCCGGGUGCCUGAGAAAGUACGAAGUGGAGGCUCGGGAGAGGAGGGGGGCAAGAGUAGGGAGGGAAAGCACAGAGAACGCUCCAACCACCAUCAUCAUCACCACCACCAUCAUUCAUUGUCGUCUUUGAGCGGUGCUUCUGUCUCUUCAUCCUCGUCACAUAAACACUCAGCCAGUGCUGUAGGAGGAAGCAGCAGCAAAAAAGCCUCCAGUGACUCUGCUAGAAUGAGCUCCUCUUCUUCCUCUGCGUCUCGAAAGAGGACACAUUCCACGGAGUCCCAGGGCUCCCACCCCUCCAAAGUCUCUAAGUCCUCCAGGAACUCAGCCCACCAACUGCCUGCUCUUUUAGCUGCCUCUGGAGCACACUCCCUGGGGGCGCACCCCACUGACAUCCUCCCCUCCCUGGGUCUCCCCUCCCUCCACCAGGGAAACUACUCUCACGCCAAGGGGGACAAGCCGGACACUAACGGACACAAUGCAGGGGUUGGCAGCCAGUCGAAUGAGUACCAGGACACGUUUGAGAUGCUGAACUCUUUACUGAGUGCUCAGGGGGUCCAGCCUGCCCAGCCUCCCAUGUUUGAUUGCCGGUCUCAGUACGGGGAGUACAGAUACAGUGGAGGGUCUAGGGGGGGGUCUCGACCGCCACCUCUGCCUGCUGAACCUCCACCUCCGCUACCCCCUCUACCCAAAUGA